AGGGAGAAACGGGAGGAAACCAGGUCCAAGAGCAUCAGGCAGUUCCAAAGAAAAAGCAGGUAUCGCGAGCUCAAUCCAAACAGCGUCCAGUGCCCAGAUACGGAAAGAACACACGCCGGCGUCAAUGGCCCCAAUGGAGUCUUUGCACUAGACUCGCCUUAAACAUGGGCGUCCCGCAAUUUCUUAGAACCCUUGUUUCAUGGAAAACACGCAGCCAUGACCAUGACCACCGGGCAUCCAGGAUGCAGCGGGAAUGCGGCCAAUGGAAAAGCAUUUGCUGGUUCUAUAGUGGGCCGCAAAGGGCCUCAAACUAACAUAUGCUUUACGGUGAUUCCGUGGCGAGACCUGUGUCUCCAUGCAUGUCCCCGAUGCAACAACGCAAUGGUGUCAAUGAAGACGCAGAAGAUCUCUGGGACCGACGUGGCAUCAAAGAAAAACACAAGGGCCCACCGGGAGCCACAUCCAAACCCACAUUCAGAACCAGACUCAAGAACUAGACUCCAGAACCAGACUCAAAACCAGACUCCAGAACUAGACUCCAGAACCAGACUCCAGAACCAGACUCAAGAACCACAUUCAAAACCAGACUCCAGAACCAGACUCCAGAACCAGACUCCAGAACCAGACUCCAGAACUAGACUCCAGAACCAGACUCCAGAACUAGACUCCAGAACCAGACUCCAGAACCAGAGCCCUCGCCCCGGGCCCAGCCGCCACCACUACACACGCCGCCGCACCAGACUCAUACGUAUUGUACCAUUGGACUACUUGCAAAAGCAUUAAUGCGGCAUAUGUAACAUGUGCCUCCCGGGGCAGGGCCCCGGCAGAUCGAGCCUCGUGGGGCCCGCGUGGUCUGCAGUUUGCCGGUCCGCCCGCCGCCCGUCCUUCUCCGCAGCCGUGUGUGGCCGCCCGCCGGGGCGCCUCUACACCUUCUUCUUCUGCGACCACUCCAACUUCAAGAUCAACGAGUGGUAACCCUUGCCGUUCAAAUCGUCCAAGG